GGAGAGAGAGACAGAGGGGGGAGAGAGAGAGGAGGGAUUCCGGCCUUUCGAGGUGAGGAAAUCGCCUCAAAGUCGCCCGAUAUCCAAAUUUGCUGGUGUCCUCUCCUCGGCGAUCUCUGAUCGGACGGUUCGGCCAUGGAGUGGUGGCAGAAGGCGAUGUUGCCGAUGAGAAGAGUCUGGAUCUACAUCUCUAAGCGGCUCGGUAUUCGGAAAAGCGGAUUACUGAAGCUACAACACGACGUAAGUACCUGCCAAUACAAAGACGUGCACAUUAUGUGGGAGAUACUCCAGCGGUCAGAGAUGGAGCUCAGUCAGGCCUCGAUGAAGAAGCGCAGGAGUCCAUUCUGGAAGAUAGUCAUGUGCGCUCGCGCACCCUAUCUCUGCGGUGGCUACUGAUGAGAGUUUCCAUCUGCUGGCAAUCACUGUGGAUCAUGUGGUAAUGAUAAGAAAGAUGUGCAUCCCCAUGUUAACUCAUCUCAGAUGGCAAUAACGUCGAUCAGUCGAUCGAUCCGAUGGUUGAGCUUCACCAUUAGAAGGGCUCUUUUUCUCCAUUCCUCGUACUUAGAGGAUCCCCAAUAAAUAAUGUGGUCUCUUCAAGUGCUUGGAUUUUGAGAGUGUUUGUGUUCUUCUGAUGUUGCAUGUAUAGGUAGGUAGUUGAAGUAAAGAGAGUCUCCUUGUUUUCUUUGUA